AUGGCGUCAGGAGUGUCUGAGGAUGGACAGGCCCUGAUGGAGAGGGCUCUCGCACAAAUUAGGAAAGAGUUCAUGCCAGGGCAGAGACUGCACAGCGCAGUUGACCCAAUGACAAUACACAACUUCUUCCCACCUGCCUUUGCUGGCAACUGGGCAAUCUACCGAGAGAGCAUCGUGGUGGAACGGAAAUUCAACAGGAAGGAGAAAGAGCAGAUCGCUGCGAUAAUAUCAGGCUCCAAUGCCUGCAAAUUUUGCUGCGCAGCUCAUGGCAAUUUCGCCGUCGCUGCCAACUCAGGUGGCAGUGAGAUGCGCGCUGCUAUGGACACCAACGAUCCUUCCCUCCUGAGGGAUGAGAGAAUGAGGAAAGUCUGCACCUGGGCCAAAGAAUGCCAGAAAAAGGCGUCACCUGCUCUGAGAGAGGCGCCGCCGUUCAAUCUGGAUGAAGCCCCGGAAGUGAUCUCAACGGCGUUCAAAUUCAACUUCACCAACCGACUCGUGGACGUUUUCAUCACGCAAAGCCUUGUGCCGCAGCGUUUGCCAUGGUUCAUCAGGCUCAUCCUGUACAUGCUCCCCUUCCUGCAGCGUCCAUUAAUAGUAAUGAUGACCAAGUGGAAGGCGGAGCACAUGAAACGGCUGGGAGCUGUGAAGGAGGGGGAGGCGCUGGCGAUUCUAGGCAGGGAUGCCAAGCCUCGGCCAGAGUUCCGGUGGAAUGAAAAAAAUGAGUGCAUUGCCAAGGUUUUUGCUUAUUGGUGCUGGGCCAUGGAUGAGCUGGCCGAGCAGUACAUUCCGAAGGAAGUGACAAAUUUCGUGGGAAAGUACAUAGAGGAAAACUACAGCGGAGAGGAUCCUCCACUCUCCCGAAAUUGGGUCUUCAAAGUGGCAGAGGAAACUGGGAUGAGCGAGGCGCAGCAAUGCGCCAUUCGGUUCAUGCUGCUGUUGUCUUUCGCGAGGUUUCAGAUCGACGGCGCCAUCAAGGCCGACCUGAAGAAACACUUCCCGGACUACCGAACCCAGCGGGCGAUGGGCAUUUGGGCGGCGCACAAGACAGCCACCGCGAUAGCCGAGUGGGAAGGCGAAUCGGUUAUGCGGUUCACGAAAUAG